GAUCGGCGCACGUGUAUGACAUCAUCUAUAGGCGCCAGCAACGCGAAGUGGGCUAAGGCUAGCAGGCUAACGUUCACCAGACCAAAACAUUGCUCAGAAUAAGGGGAUUUAUUUGGGUUUUUUUCGUAAAAGUACUCAUAAUGUCCUUGGAGACUGUGCCCAAGGACCUUCGCCAUUUGCGGGCUUGUCUGCUGUGCUCUCUGGUCAAGACUAUUGACCAGUUUGAAUACGAUGGCUGUGAUAACUGUGAGGCAUAUCUACAAAUGAAGGGCAACCGGGAGAUGGUUUAUGAAUGCACAAGCUCGUCCUUCGAUGGUGUUAUUGCCAUGAUGAGCCCUGAAGACAGUUGGGUAGCUAAAUGGCAAAGAAUAGGAAAUUUCAAGCCAGGUGUGUACGCUGUAACAGUAACUGGCCGGUUACCUCCAGGAGUCGUGCGUGAACUGAAGAGCAGAGGGGUCAUCUACAGGUCCAGAGACACAGCAGUCAAGACAUAAAAGGAAAGGCAGCCCAGUUUGGACAUCAUAUCCCAAGUUCUUCUGCUAUACAGCGACAGCUGUGGAUCUUGCCAUCUACAAUCGUCUGCCCCAGUCAAAUGACCUGUUUUGUUGAUUUUCUAAUUGAGAAUAACUUGACACAUCCUCUACAGGGAAGAAAUUUAAAUGUGGAAUUUUGAUGCAGAUUUUAACGCACAAUUUCUAUUUAUUUGCUGAGUUUAGCAUAUUGGAAAAAAUAAAAUGUGCCAACGUUUGCACAGGCCAUGUUUUGUGUUUUUCUCAAACAUGUUAAAUUUAGCAAAUAAACAGUAAUUAUGUCUUAAAAUGUGCAGACGUGUGACCUCUUUAGAGGAUAUGGACUAAUUCCAAUCAACAAUGUAAUUUGGCCAAAUUUCUGCAUACUGCUGUUAGAACCCAGCCAAUCCAUUUGUGAAAAAUUCCAGAGGCUUAGAUUCCUGAUCCAGGCAAACAUGUUUUACAGUAUGUGAUUACUUGGCUCAGGUGGGGAAAAAUAGAAUGGAGAUUAGGUGGAGCUCCCUAAGGGGGUGAAUUGGCAACUUCUGCUCUACAACUAUAUAGUGCUGUGAUAUUCUUUUGCUUCAUUGUUUUUUCCAGAAUUGUGUUUUGUUUCAGUGUCUUACGAAUAGUCUUUUAUUUUCCCCUUCGUAUUUUUGUCGGCUUGUUUGCAAGAACACCACAACGUUGACACGUUGAACAAUGUUGACCAAUAAAAUUUGAACAGACCUUGUUGCUAAAA